UCUUUACUGAUCUCAAUGGAUUCCAGAUGCAGAAACGGAAAACUCGUCUCGAUAAGAUUCCAAUCCAAGCAAAUUUUAUCCUAUGCCAACAAUGGCGUUUAUUCAAAAUGAAAAAGCAAGACUCACUGUUCUAACUGGUCAGCCUCGUGGUGUCGCCUCCCUUGUUUCAUCACAAUUGGAAAUUAUUCUCGACCGACGAUUGAUGCAAGAUGACAAUCGAGGGAUGGGACAAGCGACAAAAGACAAUCUAGCUACGUCAGACAAUUUUGUUAUUUUAAUUGAACGUUGGAGCAAUACACCAGGCGUACCAGACAGUUCUUCUGACAACCAUUUUCCAUCAAUAAUUGCGCAUCACUCGUUAUUAGAACUUCUUCACCCUAUGUGGUCAAUGCAAUAUCGAAAUAUUGAACAUAAUGAAGUAACGACAACAUAUAAAGACAGUUACUUACCUCUUGCGGGUUCUAAACAAAGUGCAGAUGAGCCUCCUCUGCCGUGUAGUGUUCACAUUGUCAAUCUGAGAAGCAUCGAAUCAAAAGAAGUAGAGGGAACACCGACAGAUGAAUCUGCGUUGAUUGUUCAAAAGUUUGGACAUGAAUGUCAUCUUGAUACUUGCAGAUUAUAUAAAUCAUCUUGCCUUGCUUCCGAUUCAGAAGACUUUCUUAAUCUAGCUACGUUUUAUCCCGCAACAAACAUCGUUAGUACAAGUUUAUCACUGCAAUACACAGAAGACGAAAUACCACCAGAUGGAGACUGGAAGAUUGAACCAAUGGAAAUAAAAACAUUUAAAAUAAGAUUAAAAUAAACGAUACAUCUCUGAAUAAUAAAAAAAAGAUUAUUUAGUAAAAACAAAACGAAAAGAUGGAGCAUCACAUCCACUCUGUUUCCGACACAAUUACCAGUAUAACAAGGGAUGAAUAAGAAAUUAGGAAUACUUAUUUCAGGAGUAAGAACUUACCUAGCUGGGGAUCUU